AUGAAUACAACAUUUGAUAGUAACCUAAUUUAUUGGACGGCAUUUGUUAGUAAUAUGAUGGUCAACAUUUCUCAAUACGCUAUGGGUGCUGUUAUAUUUAUAGGAGAUAUUGGAGCAGUACUAAGCUUUGUUACAUUGUAUCAACCAGCAUUACGCAAGAAUUCGUGCGCUCUCUAUUAUCUUGCUUCUAGUGCUACUCAAAUUAUAGAUUUUAACUUUGGUCUUAUGACACGUAUGCUUCAAUAUGGUUACAAUGUUAAUACAGUCAAUUAUGUGCCUUGGUUUUGUAAAAUUCGUUAUUAUCUUUUGUAUGUUUUUGUCGCUAUUCCUCGCUAUUUCAUAAUCUUAGCGUCGAUUGAUCGUUAUUUCGCUAGUUCUCAUGAUGCACUUCGUCGUCAAUGGAGUUCAAAAAAAAUUGCUCAUCGUGUAAUAUUUAUCAAUAUAAUUUUCUGGUUAUUAAUAUAUGUUCAUGUACUUAUCUUCUAUGAAAUACAGCAUGGUGAAUGUUUACCUCGAAAGGGAGCUUAUAAUAUAUUUUUCAGUAUCUACAUAGCAUUCGACAGUGGUAUACUUCCUCCGUUGUUCAUAAUUAUUUUCAGUUUACUUACACUCAGAAAUAUUCGGCAUAUAAAAAACCGUACUAAUCCAAUGAAUGGAGCGAAUGGUGGACAACAUAUUCCGACAACUAUUAUGGCAAAAAAAGAUCUUCAGCUCUUUAAGAUUGCCUUCAAUGAAGCUAUCAUUUUCGUCAUUCUCAGUACAUUGAAUCCAUGUUAUUUUCUUUAUCAAGCAUUUACAAUGAAUACACAAAAAUCACCACUUCGUCUUUUGGUUGAACUGAGUGUUUUUCAUACAAGUUAUGUUUUUCUUCAAUUGGAAUUAGCACUUACAUUUUUCAUUUAUAUCUGGUCAGCUUCAAUAUUUCGACAAGAAUUUCUACGUUUAUUUAAACAUAAAAUUUGUCGACGUCGUAUUGAAGAUCCAAGAAUAGUUACAAACGAAAGACAUCAUGUACUUCAAUAA